CUCUCUCUCUUUUUUUUUUUCUUUCUUUCGACUUCUUUUUAUAUAUUUACACAUAUAUAUUAUAAAUGUCAGGAAACAAUAUUAAAGUCGUUUGUCGUUUUCGUCCGCAAAAUUCACUUGAAAUUAGAGAAGGGGGUGUUCCCAUUAUUUCAAUUGAUGAAGGAGGAACCACUAUUCAAAUUAAGGGUGAUUCCACAUCUUCAUUUGCAUUUGAUAAAGUAUUUGGAAUGAAUACACCUCAGAAAGAUGUUUUUGAAUAUUCCAUUAAAAGCAUCGUAGAUGAUGUCACUGCCGGUUACAAUGGUACUGUAUUUGCAUAUGGUCAAACUGGUUCUGGUAAAACCUUUACUAUGAUGGGAGCAGAUAUUGAUGAUGAAAAUACAAAGGGUAUCAUUCCUCGUAUUAUUGAACAAAUAUUUACAAGUAUCAAUGAUGCGCCGAGUAAUAUUGAGUUUACUGUAAAAGUGUCUUAUAUGGAAAUUUAUAUGGAAAAAGUCAGAGAUUUAUUUAAUCGUAAGAUUUAUUUAUUGUUUUAACAGCUAUGAAACAUUAAUAUAAAUAUAUAUACAUUUAUAUGUAUAUAUGUAUAUAUUUAUAUAUUUAUUUAAUAGCUUCUAAUGAUAACUUGGCUAUUCAUGAAGAUAAAACUCGUGGAGUAUAUGUAAAAGACUUGUAUGAAAUUUAUGUCGCUAAUACAAAUGAAGUAUACCAAGCCAUGAAAAAUGGUAGCGCUAAU